AGGGUGGAUGUAAAUGAUUUGCUUAUCCAUUCAUUUUAACGUAAAAUAUUGAUUUAGCAUUCUGAAACUUCACUACACAAACCCUCUUUCAGAAAACAAUGGCUGCAGAAGCUAUCAUGGGCUUUACCAUUACAAAAUCACAUCUCCAUAACUCCUUCUCACCAACCAAAUUGGACCUCAACCCUCCUUCAAGAUUGCUUAAGCAGUGUUCAAGCUCCAGAUUCUUCAAUGGGUGGCAGCAGGCUGAAGGAAGCAAGAGUAAAAGCAGAGGGUCCUUGAGUAAAGUGAAUGCUUUCCCAGAUUUGACUCUAAUGGCAGUGUUAGUUGAGCACAUGGAAGGCCAAAGAGACCUUAUUACUAACAAAACCAUUUGGCAUCUCAGUGAUCGAGCCAUCAAGAAUGUUUAUGUAUUUUACCUUAUGUUCACUUGCUGGGGAUGCCUAUUCUUUGGUUCAAUGAAAGAUCCAUUCUAUGACUCAGAAGAAUAUAGGAAAGAUGGGGGAGAUGGUACCGGACACUGGAUCUAUGAGAAGCAAGAAGACAUUGAAGAGUCUGCAAGAGCAGAGCUAUGGCGUGAGGAGUUGAUUGAGGAGAUUGAGCAGAAGGUUGGAGGUCUACGCGAACUGGAAGAAGCUGGCCGAAAGUAGUUGCUUUCUUUUGUUCUUAAAGUCUGAAAUUUCCGAGUGUUGUUCCAACUUUGAGACGAUGUAAAACAGACAUCCCUGUGUAUAUUGCUAAAUGCAUUUAUCAUGCAAUUGAUUAAAGCACAUGAUUAAUGAAGGCCGUCAUUUCAGAGCUCAUUUAAGGGCUUAACA